CAAAAAAUAAUAGAUAAAAAAAAUAAAUAAUAAUAAAAAAAACCCACAACAUAAAAAUAAUAAAAGGAUAAAUCAAUCAGGAAAAAGGAUAUAUUCAGUAAUAAAAUUUCAAGGCCGAUUUUCGUGUGUAAAACCAAAGCCAUUGACUGGACAACACAACAACUCGCAUGUCACCAUCGACGUCGACGUUAUAGCUGCUCCGUGCCGUAAAGUUGUGAUUUAAGCGUGGCGACGACCCGGGAAACGCGUCGACAGUCGGGCUCCGUAGCACAUACGAGCCAAAGCAGCAGCUGCGGCGACACAGCCAUAUGCAAUGCACGCCAAUGUGACCACCGACAAGGGUGGAGGCGGAGGCGGAUCGUGGCGUCUGCCAGCCGACGAAACCUUGCAAGUGGGCGGCACAGAAAAGUCAAAAGAAGAUGAACUCGCGUACGGACCCGAGGGUCACAACUGGCGCAGUAUCAUCUUCUCACUGCUCGUCAUAAAUUUUGUAAUAGCGGGAAUCGUAACAGCAAUUUAUCUCUUAGGUUAUGUCGACGAAUUACUUUAUUGGUCCGGACGACGGAUGCGCUUCGAUGAAUUUUUACAAGGUGACGUUGCACCACACCGUUUACCCUCAUCAUGGGUCACAAACACGAAAUUCGUAUUCCAAAAUGAUGAAGGAGGCCUUGCAAUUUUUGACACUGCCAAUGAUUCUGUUACAUUAUUGGUUACAAAUCAUACAAUGAGGCAACUUAAUGUUAAAGGUUAUCAAUGCUCUACUGAUUUAAGAUAUGUACUAUUUAAACAUAAUAUUAAGCAUGUUUUUCGAUACACAUCCACUGCGCUGUAUACGGUAUAUGAUGUAACCAAUGAUCAUCAUAUGCCGGUGCGGUUGAAAGAUUCGCCGAAAGUCCAACGAACACGAUUGCAAAGCGCUCGCUGGCUCGGCAAUACGACAGCGUUAAUUUUAGUUGUUGAUAAUGAUAUUUUUGUAAGACAAUCACCCUCCGAUGAAGAAGACAUUCGCAUAACAACUACCGGGCAUCCCGAUUUAAUCUACAAUGGCAUUCCAGAUUGGCUGUAUCAAGAGGAAAUAUUCCAAUCGGACGAAGCUGUUUGGGGAUCGCCUGACGGUACGCAUAUCAUGUAUGCCUCAUUUAACGACACAAAUGUUGGCGAAAUGGAAUACCCGUGGUUCUCGUCAACGACAAUAUUACGAGCUUCGGGUCUCGAUAACGGCGGAACUUUUCCAGCAUCGAAAACUGUGAGAUAUCCCACACCAGGCACUCUAAAUCCUGAAGUUACGUUAUGGGUUGUGGAUUUGGCGAACGCCACAGAUCCACAACGAUGGCGCGUGAAGCCACCCUUGGCGUUCGAUGAACAGGAUUAUUAUCUCGUGUCUGCCAGAUGGGUUGGCACAACGAAUCACGAAAUUUCGGUGGUGUGGAUGACGCGAUCCCAAACGUACAGCGUUGUGACACUGUGUCUCGCACCGAACUGGACCUGCAUCGAAAAUCAUUCUGAACGUGCACCGGAAAAAGAAUGGCUCGAUAUGGUGCAACAUCCCGUCUUCUCGCCAGAUGGUGACAGUUUUUUGCUACUAGCUGGCAUCCAGGAGAGCGACACCGAACAUUUUACCCACAUCAAGCACGUUACCAUCACGCAGCAACGAAUUGCCGUUUUAUCGCAUGGUCGAUACGAGGUUCUGAAAAUUCUCGCUUGGGACACCUCCAAUCACGAAGUGUAUUAUUUGGGAACGCAAGACAAGAAGCCUGGGCAGCAGCAUCUCUACAAAGUGAAGAAUCCCAUAACAAGCGAUCCGAGAAAUUACAGGGAAGAACCGCAAUGCAUCACUUGCGAUUUAGGUGACAAGCUGUGGAGCAGUCGUUACUACUACAACAAUUGCACGUACUUUAAUGCGUACGUGGGUCCCGAAAAGUCUUCCAUUGCCACAGAAACGCCCGUUUCCUACUACAUUCUUGAGUGUUUGGGACCUGGAUUACCAUUAGCAGGUGUUCAUUCGGCUCAAACGCAUCGUCUGGUCCGCAUUUUGUACGAUACGCGGCCCGCAUUUACGCCAAAACUCGAGGAAUUGGCGUUGCCGAGUCAGCGAUCCUUCGAAAUUGCCUUGCCGCAUGGCACACGGGCGCAAGUUCAGCUUUUCCUGCCGCCGAGUUGGCGUGAAGAGCUGCGAGAUGCCUCGUUUCCGGUACUUGUGGAAGUAAACGGAAAACCCGGCACAACAUCGAUUUCGGAGAAAUUUUCCAUCGACUGGGGCAAAUACAUGUCCAGCAAAAAUGAUAUAGUGUAUGUGAGAAUUGAUGUUCGCGGUUCCAAGGGACAGGGGAAGCAAUCGUUGUACCAUCAUCUGGGCGGAGUUGAAGUUUUAGAUCAAAUUGUUGCCAUCAAAUACCUGUUAGCGACAUAUUCCUAUCUGGAUGAAACUCGUGUUGGCGCAUGGGGCUGGGGAUAUGGCGGAUAUGUCGUGGCAAUGUUGCUGGGAUCGCAACAGAAGGAGAUCAAAUGCGGAAUUGCCGUUUCGCCGAUCACAGACUGGCUAUUUUACAAUUCUGUCUUCACCGAACGCCUCCUGGGACUUCCAGCGGAAAAUUUCAAGGCAUACGUCGAGGCAGAUGCCACGCAACGGGCACGCAACAUCCCGUCUGAGUCGUUUUUGUUGCUUCACGGACUGGCGGAUUUGACGGCGCCCUAUUUGCAUGGCAUUCAGUUGGCACGAUCUCUGCACGAAUCGAAUAUUCUCUUCAGUUAUCAAACGUAUCCUGACGAAGGACAUCACUUAUAUGGCGUGCUCGGACACGCUUAUCGUACAAUGGAAUCGAAUCUCAGAGAUUGCUUGAGUCUGGAUGACGAUGCCGAUCAUCCACGUGACCCGUUCGAAUGAUUGACAAAGUUCUUAAGUUUCCUGAAUAAGAAAACUUAACACAAAAUCACCGCGAAUUGAAAUGUAGAUCACACACACACAGUAC